AUGCUGCGCCGCGCGCGCCUGCAUUCUGUGCAAUGCUUGUCGACGUACGGGCGUGCCCAAACCAUAUUUCGGAUGCAGCACACCGCUCUGGCAGAGAAGCGUGUGAUUGUGUCUGGGAUUCAGCCCACGGGCGUGCCGCACCUUGGGAAUUACCUCGGCGCUCUCAAGAGCUGGGUUGAGCUGCAAAACACAGCCCAGCCGCAGGAUGAGCUCUACUUUUUCAUUGUUGGGCUACAUGCUCUUACCGUCCCGCAAAAUCCCAAAACACUUUUUGCGGACCGCCAGAAUCUCAUGGCUGCAUUGCUGGCCAUCGGCGUCGAUCCGCUGCGGUGCACCUUGUUUCAGCAAGACGCCGUGCCCGAGCAUGCAGAGCUUAUGUGGUACUUUGCGUGUAUCACGUCGUUUGGCCGGCUCGAGCGGAUGACGACAUGGAAAUCGAAGCUCGCGACCCUGCACAACGGCGGCAACACGGACCAUGUCCAAGCGUCGCAACUGCAGCUAGGACUGUUUGCGUACCCUGUUUUGCAGGCGGCAGAUAUCCUUUUAUACCACCCCACGCAUGUUCCUGUCGGUGAGGAUCAGGCGCAGCACUUGGAGCUUACACGCGAUAUUGCCGAGGGGUUUAACCGCAUGGUCAAAAAACGCUACUUUCCAACGCCGAGCACACUGCACACGCCUUCAAAAAAAAUCUUGUCGCUGCGGAACCCCGCGGUGAAAAUGUCCAAAUCUGCACCGGACGCCAACUCACGUAUCCUUCUCACCGACUCGCCCAAAAAUAUCCAAGCCAAAGUGCGGCGUGCUGUCACGGAUGCGGACCGCUUUUUAUCGUACGAUCCAGAGGCGCGACCGGGCGUGAGCAACCUAAUCAAUAUUCUAUCGGCGCUGGAUGGCGGGACUUUGCGCAGGGAGCUCGGCACUACAGUGCUGGAUACCGAUCCCGCACGACUUGCCGAAACGCUUCACACAGCCACGGGCGGAUCCGGCGCAAAACUAAAGGCCAUUCUUAGUGAGAGUCUUAUUGAAGCGCUGCGCCCGAUCCAGGAGCGGUACCAUGACCUGCUGCAGGACCCAACGUACCUUGCAACUAUUGAAAAAAGGGGGGCAGAGCGUGCGCGAGAACGCGCACAUACGACCAUCAGCCAAGUCCGUACCAUGCUUGGAUUGCAAAAAGAAACCCUAUAG